CAUAUUGGUAGGGUGGAAGCCCGGACCUUUUUCCAGCGAUGGAAACAUUUGGUUUUGUUAAAACUCAAGACCCUAACACUUUACUUCCCCUUCAGCAAGAAACAACCUCAAACGACAACCUGCUUUCUCACAGCUUCAAAUUUUCUCCUGUUUGUUGAAUUCGUAAGUAAUCUUUCCAGUGCCUACUGUUCUGGAAUUAUACAUCUCCUCAAGCGAUGGCUGCAAGGCUGCUUGCUAAUUUGCUUGUCAUGGGAUCUGGAAUUAUGGUGAGGGCAUUUGCUCAAGCGUACCGUCAGGCACUUGCAAAUGCUUCAAAAUCUGGUGUUGCCCACGAAACAGUGCAGAAUAUUAGAAGAGGAAGUAAAAUGAUAUCUGAACCAGAAGCCAGGCAAAUUCUAGGCAUUACUGAGCAUUCAACAUGGGAGGAGAUCUUGCAGAAAUAUGACAAAUUGUUUGAGAAUAAUGCCAAAAAUGGUAGCUUUUAUCUCCAGUCGAAGGUUCAUAGAGCUAAAGAAUGCCUUGAAGAAGUAUAUCAAAAGAAAGCUGAGGGAAAUGUAUGAUUUCUUUAGAUGUCUGAUCUUGAAUGUUCAUCAAUGUGUUGAUGCAUCCCUCCAGAAACUAUACUUUGAUUUCAUAGAAUUAUCAGCUAUGAAGCCCGUUUUGACCUCCUUGAGUUAAUCUAGAUCAAAUAGGUAGUGAUCCAAUAUUACACCAAUUGUCAGUGUCAUAACCUUAAUGUAAUCUCAUCAGUGGACUAAAUUCUUGUGGACAUUAAUACAUCAGUUGGGGUGUGUGGGUUUCUUUUAAUUGGAAAGGAUACUUUUGAAUUUUGAUAAA